GAAACACGUGUAGACAUUCUCUUAACGCCAUUGUUCUCAUAGUGUCUCCGUGUAUCACAGUGCAAUAGGUACAAAUACAACCAUGAAGAUUCAUCUCCUCCUGAUGUGCGUCGUUUUACUGGCUGUGAAGAAUGGAGAAUCAGCAAGAAUUCUGGCUGCGAUCCCCACGGCUUCCUAUAGUCAUCAGGUAUUCUUUCAAAUGUUGUGGAGAGAGCUAGCAAUUCGUGGCCAUGAUGUCGUCGUGUUAACCACGGAUCCAACUCAUGAAAACCUGACGAAUUUCAAAGAGAUUGAUAUGAGUUCUGCGUACGCCGCCAUGAAAGGAGCUAUUAAAGAUGUCAUUGCUUUGAAUGAUAAUAAAAUGAAGGCCUUUGCGAGGUUUUCAUCAGCUUUCCUUGAAAUGUCAGAGCAUGAACUUGCUUUACCACAAGUUCAAGAACUCAUUAAAGAUGAAAAUCAGAAAUUUGAUCUUGUGAUGUUGGAGUAUCUGUAUCCAUCAUUCUAUGCCUUCAAACACCGUUUCAACUGUUCUUUUAUUGGUGUGACAUCUUUGGAAGGUACAAACACUGCUCAUGAUGUAAUGGGUAAUCCAACUCACGCCAUUAUGUAUCCUACAUCUUUACUGGAUCUUGAUGGAGACAAAGGCUUCAAAGACCGCUUAGUGAGCUUCCUCUUAAAUCAACUUAUUUACUUCACAAGAGGUAAAACCGUUAAUCUAAUCAACGAAUUAAACAAAAAACAUUUCGGAGAUAAUUAUCCGGAUAUACAAGAGUUAGCACAGAGUGUUGAUAUGCUGUUUGUCAAUGCUAAUCCAAUGUUUGCUGAAGUCAGACCUUUAACUCCAAGCACCAUCUCUGUAUCUGGUGGGAUGCACAUGAAACCACCUAAAGACUUACCGGUUGAAUUGAAGAAGUUUUUGGAUGAGUCCAGUCAAGGUGUGGUUUAUUUCAGUAUGGGUAGUAAUGUCAAAAGUAAAGAUUUGUCCAAUGAAACGCGUAAUGUCAUCAUGGAGACCUUCUCUCAAUUGCCUUACAACGUCUUAUGGAAGUUUGAAGCUGAUGAUUUGCCUGGUAAACCUGAAAAUGUCAAAAUUAUUAAAUGGGCACCACAACAAGAUGUUCUAAGACAUAAAAACAUCAAAUUAUUCAUCACCCAAGCUGGUAUGCAAUCUUUGGAAGAAGCUCUGUUCACUCAUGUUCCCCUUAUUACAAUUCCAUUCCUUGGUGACCAGGACAGCAACGCAGCAAAAGUCGCCGAAAAAGAACUUGGACUUCGUUUGAAUUAUAAAACCCUACAAGUAGAUGAAUUCAAAGCAGCUAUUAAUGAAGUAAUCACCAAUCCUAAAUAUAAAAACAACAUUACAAAAUUAGCGCUGCAAAUUCAAGACCAACCGAUGACUCCAUUGGAAAAGGCUGUUUGGUGGACGGAAUAUGUUCUCAGACAUAAAAGUGGGCAACAUUUAAAAGGUCCUAAGAUUCCGACAUAUCAGUAUUAUUAUUUAGAUGUGUUGGCUUUCCUUCUUGCAUGUUUAGUAUCAGUAACCAUGUCUACUUUCUAUUUAUGUAGAUUUGCUUAUAGAUUUGCGAUUGGUUUGUCGCAGAGAGUAACUAUUAAAAUUAAGAAGGCUUAAGUAGGCAAAUAUGUGAUCUCGAAAUAUGUAGAUACUUUAGAUUAUAUUUUUUUAUAAUAAUGUGUGAAAUAUAUUGAUUUAGUAAUUGAAUGUUA